AUGCAGCCACCGCAGCCGCAGCCGGAGCCCGCCAACCGGCGGGCAUCCUCCACGUGCUCCUCCACCGCGCCGAGGCGGAGCAGCAGCGGCAUCGGGUGCAUGGCCGGACUCCUCCGCCUCAUCUCCCCGUACCACCGCAGCCACCACCGGAAGCGCCUCACCGCCAAGAACGCAUCAUCAGCGCGGGACGCCCAAGCACUACAGCCAACUCCGCCGUCCUCGCCGCCCAGGAAGAAGGCGGCGGCGGCGGCCCAGCAGCAGCCUUCAGCUUCGCCCGCCCCUUCGUCUCCGGUGAAGCCGAUGAUGCCGCAGCAGCUAAUGACAACGACCGCGGUAACGGUUCGGCGGCGGCGCUCCUGUGACGCGCCGCGGAGCCCGACGAUCGCGCCGGAGCACCGGCGCUCCAGCUGCGACAGCCCCCGGCCACCACCGCCGGCCAUCAUCGCGCGCCUCAUGGGCCUGGAGGAGUCCGCGCCGCCCUCGCCCGCCGCGGCAACAGCGACGCCGCGGCCAGUCGUCCUCCCGACGCGUCCGCCUCCGCCUCCACCGGCACCGGCGGCGCCUGAGACGGCCGCGGAGAAGCGGCGGAAGCUGCUGGGCGCGCUGGAGAAGUGCGACGAGGACCUCAAGACGCUUCGCCGGAUCAUCGCGGCCGUCCGCGCCGCCGAGAUGCGCGCGGCCUCCGCGUCCGACGUCUGCCCGGUGGCAGCGACGACCACACCUGCAGCUGCAGGCAAGGGCGCCAAGAGGACGUUCGGCCGCGACAACGAACAGUCGCCGUCGCCGUCGCCGUCGCCGUCCCCGUCGCCGCCGAUGCAACAGCAGCAGCAGUACCCCAGCCCGGACUCGGUGCUGGACGCCAUCAGCUCCCCGAGGUUCCCAUGCAGGAAGCGGCCGUCUCCCUGCACGGAUGUCGAUAUGGGGGGCAAGGGCGGUUGCGGUACCGGCGCCUUGGCCCCCACCGUCGGAUCGAGGAUCGUGAAGCCCUCCCGAACCCUUGUUUUCUCCGGCGACUACUGCAAGAUCAAAUCAGGCGGUGAUGAGCUGCCGCUGCACGCCGUCCAAUACCCGGUGCCGCCGCUGGUGGUGGGCAUGCCGAGGUCGCCCGGGGCGGAGAGCUGGCGGCACCACCUGCGGCGGUGGGAGCAGGAGGCCGCGGCGGCGGGGCAGGUGAUCAGCCGCGCGACGGCGGAGAGCGUGGGGGAGGCAAUAAUGUGGGUGCGGCAGCAGCAGGGCCACGGCGGCGCGGGCGACGAUGAGCGCGGCAGGGUCGCGGCCGCGCUGGAGCGUGCCAUCGUGCAGGACCUGGUGGGCGACCUCGUUGCCGAGCUGCAGGAGCAGUCCGGCGGGCACGGGGCCGGGUCCGGGUGCAGGAAGAGAUUGUGCUUCUGA